CUCCUCCUCCUCCUCCUCCGUCCUCUACUGCUCCCCACAAUGCUCCGAGGCCGACUCCGAUCUCCACCUCUCCAGCGCCGAGCACCACCUCCUCUGCUGCCACUUCCACGGCGGCAGCGACACCUCCGACCUCCACGCCGCCCUCCGCCUCAUCCGCCACUUCGAGCUCCUCAACCUCAUUUCCCCCCAAAACUACCAGUUUGAGAGAAUUGGCGGUUUGAUGAGCAAUCGCGAUAAAUUGAUGUCUUCCCUGAACGAAGAAGAAGAAGAAGAAGACGGCGACGUUUUGGCGAGAAUUAGGGAUGGCGCGAAGGCCAUGGCGAUGGCGAGAAGGAUGCGAGACGGCUUGGCUUUAGAAUGCUCGGGGUUAGGGGAGUGUGUAUUGGAAGAGGUGGUGUUGUGUGUGGUGCUAACGAACGCCGUGGAGGUUCAGAUUAGCGGAGGAGGUCCCGCCGUUGGGAUUGCUGUGUACGAUACGACAUUUUCGUGGAUCAAUCACAGCUGCUCCCCCAAUGCUUGUUCCUGGUUUUCGCUGCAGCAUGAGUGUUCCGGUGGCGAGUCGCGGUCGGGCAUUGUUCCUGCCAGCAGUGAUGGAAUUGAAGGAAUGGGAAAUGGUAACAAAUGUGAAUCAACAAAAGUGAGAGCUAAGGAAUAUGGUCCCAGAAUAAUUGUUGGAAGUAUCAAGGCCAUUAACAAGGGUGAGGAGGUAUUUUGGUCUUCUCCCUAUUAAAUUUCAUACAAAUGU